GUUGUGUAUUGCUGAACUGGUCCAUGCUUCGGCUUCGGCAGUGGGGCCAGACGUUCAGGGCCCCAGAGCACUUUCAACUGGUUGAUUUGAAGCAAGGUCGGCACAGGUUUGUGCACAUGAAGGACCGCAGAGUGUCAUUCCCCUCAAGAAGUGAGCGUACCACGAGUGGCCACCAGGACAACAGUAUCGUCAAGGCAGAGGGGGCGGAGCUACAUCCAUGAGGCUAACGUUAGCAGCAAACCUGGAAGAGAGCAGCCAAUCACACGCAGGAGGCGGGUCUUUGUCUGCUAUUGAUCACACAGACGCUGACCAGUCCAUGGAGACACACACACCAGUUUCGGAAAAUCCUCAUACAGAGUAUGGACUGACUGAAAACCUGCAGAGAACAGUGGACAAUGAGAAGCUGAGUUCAGAGAAAAUGUCCAAACAGAAAGUCGACCUGCAGGCGCUGCCGACCCGAGCUUAUCUGGACCAGACUGUGGUUCCCAUUCUGCUGCAGGGUCUGUCCAUGCUCGCUAAAGACAGACCUCCUAACCCAAUAGAGUACCUGGCCGCGUUCCUACUGAAGAACAAGAGUCAGUUUGAAGAGCGAAACUGACGCAUGUUUGUUUGUUUGUUUGUUUGUUUGAUAGUUUGUGUUUUUAUUAUUUCACAUUAAAGUUUUCCUCCAUGUGAACAGAA